AUGUGGACCUGGAUACCUCAGUGGGGCAUCGUCUGGUCUUCCGCGAACGGAUACGUCCUCUGCACCAUCAUGCUUUUGCAGGGCGAGGUAUGCUUUGACAAACCCACCGUUCCAGGGCCGCCUCCCGCGGUCGAAAGCUCCGAGCGAGCGCGCCAGCGUGAGAUCUCCGGCUAUCUUUCUGCGGCCUCCUUCCCCUCGAUAUCACCUCUGCCGUUCUGCCCGAAAACCCCAUCGUCAACGACGAUGCCACCCUCAACGCCCUCGUCCAACUCGGGGCGCUGCGCCUCGACACCGAUCGCUCGAGGCCUGCUGGGGGUGUGCCCCACCACCAUGAAGGCCUUCAUGGACGAGACCGGCGAAUGGAUCCGCACAGGCCCCAAUAUCAUCGCCAACCGGACACGCUACAUCAUUCACGACUUUCGCGCCGAUCCCCUCUACGUCGAUAGGCCAUACGUCGCAUCCUAUCCGCACAUGGUCAGCUACCUCGAAGUCCCGCUCAUCUCGCCCCUCGGCUACGUCCUGGGCAGCUACUGCGUCGUGGAUAACAAAGCCCGCGAUUUCGACAACGAAGAGUCGGUCGGCGUGCUCAACGAAAUCGCCGCCGUCAUCAUGAACCACCUCGACCUGAUCAAGACGAGGCAGAACCGCCAUCGGGCCGAGAAGGUCAUGGGCGGCAUGACCACGUUCAUCCAGGAAGCAACACCCUCGUCCCAGCCCGAAAUUGUCCUGGACCCGUUUGGCCUUGCGGACCACUCCCCACCAGAAGCGCCGCUUCCAUGGACCCCCGCGAGCCCUCUUUCCCUCCCCAGCCCCAUCCGUCCCCCGCUGCAACGGUACAAUUCAAUCGAUAUGGUGAUGUCGGAUGGUUUCGCGCCUUCCCUCGGCGGCGCAAGCUCCUGCUCACCCAGCGAUUCCUCCGCCUCCCCGCUCGGCGGACCUACCGCGCCCAGCACCCACCCCACCACGCCGCGCGAAGAGAUCCCCGAGGUCGCCGCCGAGCUCUACGCGAGCACCCCGGCAGCCUUGAAAGCCGCCGUCGACAACGCCAACGCCAGCGCCGCCUUCACCAGCUCUUCCAACAUCAAGUCUGUCUUUUUCCGCGCCGCCACCACGAUCCGAAAGAGCAUGGACAUGGAUGGGCUCGCCUUCGUCGACGCCGUCCCCAGUGCGCGUACGGAAGCCAACGACGUAAGCUGUGCCGCGGACAAGGACGGCGCCGUGAAUCUGCGCCAGACCCAGAUACCCCUCCACGAAUUAACUCUGCAAAAGUUCAUCCUGCGUUUCCCACGCGGCCACGUCUUCUCCGCCGACGAGUUUGGCCCCAUUGACGAAAGCUACGGCCUCGGAAAGCGGUACCCAGGAAACACGACGGCUGCGGAAGGUGGCACGAUUGUAGACGACGACCGCGAAUGCUGGUACGCCGCCGCUCUCGGCUGGGUGGCCGACCCCGCCAAGGUCAUCGACGUCGCCGACAUCAACCUCGUCGCCGCCUUUUGCAACUCGGUCAUGGGCGAGGUCUCCCGCCUCGAGACGGUGGCGGUGAGCUACGCCAAGUCCAACUUUGUCUCGUCCAUCAGCCACGAGCUGCGAAGCCCCCUGCACGGCAUCAUGACCAGCAGCGAGCUACUGCGCGAGAACAUACCGGACAAGUCCUUCCUCUCCACGCUCGACAUGCUCGAUUCCUGCGGCAAGACGCUGCUCGACACGUUUGACAAUCUCCUUGACCAUGCCAUCAUGAUCAACGAGGGGAAACGAGCAAAGACUUUCCUCUCCAACUCGCGCGAAGUCGACCUCGCCGGCCUGGUGGAGGAGGUCGUGGACGCCGUGAGUAUCAGCCGGCUGCCGAAGCCGGACGGCAUCUCCUCCUCGUACCCGGAGAAUAACUACACGUCGGACGAAACCCGCCAAAGGACGCCCGAGCAGCAGCCUCUCGUCACGUUGGAGGUACGGGGGCGAGAAAACUGGAACCUACGGCUCAACGUCGGCGUUUGGAAGCGCAUCGUAAUGAACAUCUUUGGCAAUGCCUUCAAGUACACAACCUCGGGCCGCAUCGACGUCACUUUAUACAUGACGCAAGAGAAGGAUAAGUCUGGCAAGAUGAGCGACCACAUCUGCUUCACCGUCGAGGACACGGGGUGUGGCAUGACGUCCGACUACGUGAAAUACCGGCUUUACACGCCUUUUUCACAAGAAGAUGAGCAUUCUCCCGGCAUGGGGCUGGGAUUGAGCAUCGUCCAGCAGCUCGUGACGGUGAAUGGCGGUAAGAUCAACAUAACAAGUUCCCGAGGCCACGGGACCUUGGUCAAGGUGGUUGUUCCCGUCAGCCAGGACUUCGCCGACGAUCCGCCACCGCCACCGCAGGGCCUGGUAGCCACGGGGUGCAGCCCAUAUCAAAAAUUUCAAAGCUUGACGAGUCCGCUUCGCGGCCGCACCGUCUGCAUCAUAACCCCCGAGGCCUACGCAGCGCUUACGGGAUCAUGCCUAGAUCCUAGCCCCGACAUCCAAGCCCGGUCGGCUCUCAUCGAAAGAGCCUUAAGCAUCAACGCCGGUACCGCCUUGGGCAUGACGGUACUAAUUGCGCCUUCGUCUGGCUCCGUGCCGAACGCCGACGUAUACGUGCUCGAUUCCCUCACGGCGAAAGCCACACCGACCCCACUCACCAACGCCGUUCACACAAUUCUCGACACGAUAUCGCGGCCCUUGGUCCUGCUCUAUCCUAGCACUACCUCCCCGCCACCCAGCAUCCAACACGCGACCCCAUGCCUAUACCUCCAGGGCCCAAUCGGGCCAAUAAAGCUGUCUUCCACCAUCUUGGCGGCUUUCAACAUGGCACAGAUCGGAGAGGCUAGCCAUCAACGAAAGCCCCCUCCCAAGAAGCUUUCCAGGGUUGCUAAGCUCCGCCAAACAACCGGCGGCACCGUUGCCUCCGGCAGCAGCCCACAAACCCAAACCCGAAACUCAAGAAGCGAAGAUUUGCGUGCAGGCAAGCAGCCCCAGCACCCCAAGAUCGCAUAG